ACGCGAACGUGCGCUGAGAGAGGAGCACGUGUGUUCGAAGAGUGAGACUGCAGUAGUUAUGGCAAAUAGACUACACGAACUCAACUCGGUAUUAGGGAAGCAAGCAGGACAAAAUGGGUUUGGAUGCGGGUGAACUAACGUGAGCGUAAUCUGGGGUCUUUGCGCUCUGCGCAGGAGGUUGAACAUUGGUGAUAGUUUAAUAAAGAAUAGCAGAAGCCUCGGUGUAGGUCUUUACUCUAAAAUCCACCAAAACUGUGGGCGCAAAGCAAGGAAUGUCAAGAGACAGUAUGACGGCUGUACGAGGUGCCCAUGCACAUAAUGGGAGCUCUGCUGGAUCAAAGGAGAAUGGGCAAAACGCACCGAGCCAUGUUCACGCCGAACCCAAUACCAACGUCGUUCCACCAGGAGACAUCGGCAAUGACACGUCUGGGUCGUCUGCGGGUGACCUAACCCAGACAUGGAUUCAGUUUACGAAGACAUUCGUGCUCAUUUUCCCCAUAUAUGUUUUGGGAUAUUUUGAAUUUAGUUUUAGUUGGCUUCUGAUAGGGCUUGUGAUAUUUUUCUGGUGGAGGAGAAACACAGGAGGCAAGAACACCCGAAUGUACAGAGCCUUGGCAUUCUUUGAACAAGAGGAGAGAAAGGUCCAACAAAGUCUGACAUCUUCUGAUUUGCCAUCAUGGGUCAACUUCCCGGAUGUAGAAAGAGUAGAGUGGCUGAAUAAGACUGUGAGACAGAUGUGGCCGUAUAUUUGCCAGUUCGUAGAGAAGCUGCUCCGCGAGACUAUCGAGCCGGCUGUGAAGGGAGCCAACUCCCACCUCAGCACCUUCUGUUUCAGCAAGAUUGACAUGGGGGACAAGCCUUUGAGGAUUAACGGGGUCAAGGUUUACACAGAGAAUGUGGACAAGCGUCAGAUCAUCAUGGACCUACAGAUCAGUUUUGUUGGAAAUACUGAAAUUGAUGUGGACGUCAAAAGGUACUACUGCAAAGCUGGUAUUAAAAGCAUACAGCUCCAUGGAGUGUUGAGAGUAGUCAUGGAGCCAUUGCUAGGUGACAUGCCCCUUGUCGGAGCUCUGUCCCUAUUCUUCCUGAAAAAACCUCUUCUGGAAAUCAACUGGACAGGCCUCACCAAUAUACUAGACAUUCCUGGGCUGAAUGGCUUCUCAGACAGUCUGAUUCAGGACAUCAUCUACAGCUACCUGGUGUUGCCCAACCGCAUCACUAUCCCACUGGUGGGAGAUAUAGAACUGGCUCAGCUACGCUUCCCUAUGCCAAAGGGAGUCCUGAGAAUUCACUUCCUGGAGGCUCAGGACCUGGAGGGGAAAGAUAAAUUCCUAGGUGGCCUGAUCAAAGGGAAGUCUGACCCCUACGGCGUCCUCCAGAUUGGCAACCAGCUCUUCCAGAGCAAGACGGUCAAAGAGAGUCUGCACCCCAAAUGGAACGAAGUUUACGAGGCCCUGGUAUACGAGCACUCAGGCCAACAUCUGGAGAUUGAGUUGUUUGAUGAGGACCCAGACAAAGAUGAUUUCCUGGGGAGCCUGAUGAUCGAUAUGACGGAGCUUCACAAAGAGCAGAAGGUCGAUGAGUGGUUUGAUCUGGAAGAAGUCUCCACGGGGAAGCUACACUUGAAACUGGAGUGGCUCUCUCUGCUCUCCACCCCUGAAAAGAUGGACCAGGUGUUGAGGAGCGUGCGAGCUGACAGAAGCCUGGCCAAUGAUGGACUCUCGUCUGCUCUCCUGGUGGUGUACUUGGACUCGGCAAAGAACCUGCCGAGCGACUGGUUUAAUUUCAACCAUGACGUGUUGAAACAAGCCUCUGUCUAUAAAUCCCUGAAGUCCGGCAAGAAAACGAGCAGUGAACCAAGUCCUUAUGUCUAUUUCACAGUUGGGAACAAAUCAUUUGAGAGUAAGAUCCGCUAUAAGACCAAUGAGCCAAUGUGGGAGGAAGCCUUCUCCUUCCUUGUCCAUAACCCCAGGAGGCAGGAGCUGGAAGUGGAGGUGAAGGAUGACAAGCACAAGUGCACCCUGGGUAAUCUUACAGUCCCCUUGAGUGGUCUGUUGGAGGAGGAAGACAUGACGUUUACUCAGCAGUUUUCCCUGAGGAACUCUGGACCCAGCUCCACACUCAAACUCAAGUUGGCUCUCAGGGUUCUGUGCCUGGAGAAGCAGACAAGUGCAUCGGACCAGCUCUCCUCUGUCCAGGUGAGGAAAGCCAGCGAGGUCAACCCCACCGUCCCCUCCCAGAGACUCUCCGCAUCGGAGUCGCCGCUCCCCCCAGCCUACACCACCCCAACACCACCCAUGGAGGCCUCCACCCACUCCCUCCAUCGCAGGGAGGAGCGAAAGGAGGAGCCGUACGGAGGCAGCCCCAUCAGGAGCACUUCUAUCAGGAGCACUUCCAACCUGAGCACCACCAUAUCCAACUCCCAGAAACACCUGCCCCAUAAGGACUCCAUGGCCAGCCUGGCCUCGGACAUCUCCUUACCCUUCGCCACCCAAGAGCUGCAGCAGAGGCUCAGGCAGCUGCAGAAUGGGUCUGCCCCUAGUCCGUACCCCCUGGGGGAGAUCCAGCUGACUGUCCGCCACAGCUCCCAGAGGAACAAGCUCAUCGUGGUGGUGCACGCCUGUCGAAACCUCAUUGCGUUCACUAAGGAUGGAUCAGAUCCUUUCGUUCGGGUUUACUUGCUCCCUGACAAGAGCCGGACAGGCCGGAGGAAAACCAGCACCAUAAAGAAAACCCUGAACCCUGUGUAUGAUCAAACGUUUGAGUUCAGUGUGUCCAUGGUGGAGCUGCACAGGAGAACUCUGGACAUCGCUGUGAAGAACGGAGGGAGUAUACUGUCCAAACACAGAGGACUCCUCGGGAAGGUGAUGGUGGAUUUGAGUGUUGAGGAUAUAUCCAAGGGCUGGACACAAUGGUAUGAUCUGACUGAAGAUGGCAACCGCAAAACAGUCCAGGCAUAGAGAGGUAGAGAAUGACACAGGAAGACCACACCUCCAUCAUCACAAACACCCAUUGACAUUCAUGGGAACACACUCUGCUUUCACAUAGUGUUAUCGCUUAUCAAAGGGCACAUCAUUUUCCUCUUCUUUCGAUUUGUUUUGCCAUUUAAAUUUGUGUGCUUUAUCAUGUCGACCUGAGUAGAGAUACAACUUUAGGUUGACUGUAAAAUGCUUUUCCUGCACUAUUCAACAACGUCAAAAGUUUCGCAAAAUUGUCCUGUUAAAAGCAAAACUUUUAUCAGAAAAUGUAGGUUCGUGUGUCAACAAAAAAAAAGCACAUUUUACUGCCUUUUUUCUAAGUUGUCAAUGUUUAUACAUGUAUAACUGGGCUAAAAUGGACUAAUUAAGAUUUGCAGGGAUUUCAUUUUUAUUUGUUACUAUUGAAGGAAAUUAUGUUGAAAUCCUAUUUUAUUUUUCAUUUGACAUUGAAUGGACUCCAUAUCUAUUGAUGAACGAAUUCUCAUCAAAGGGACAGAUAUGGCUACUAUGGUAGUUACAAGCCAUGAACAUGGAUGUUCAGUUCAUUAGUUUUAUGUAUUUUUGUCAUGCAGUGUUAUUUGGUCUUUGUUUACUUCCAUGUGUUUUCUUCAUGCUAAUAAACAUCAAUUACUAGUGCAGUGAUUCAAAAUCCUACCACAUCUAAAAAGGAUGAAAUUGUUGUUCAGUAUAUUCUACACUGUAUAUUUUGAGGGAUUCAGUGCAAUAUAGAAUUAUGUUGAGAUGGAGGGGUAUAUGUCAGGGCGGGGAUAUGUUCUGCUCUGGUGUACAUUUAUAUCUAAAUAGAGAUAAGAGUUUGAUUAUUGUAAUACAUCAUUUGUAAAUUAAUAGAGGAUAAUAUAUGAAUGGUUUCUUACACCAGACGUUAUGGUCAGUUUUGAGCAACAUUGUGUGAAGUUUUUGUUCUUAUUUGUCGAAUGAUGACAGAAUGUGCCGUAGGCUACUCCUGUACGUAAAGCCAUACAGUGAACACUGUUUUAUCUUGAAACACUUCCAUGUUGUGCAUUACAAACAUCUUAAAUCCUCUGUCAGUUAUCUUUCCUGUGCCUUAUUGACAUUAAACACCUUCACAUUCACAAAUGAACAUGAAACCUUUUAGCAUCAAUAGCUUUCAAGUUUGGAAUAAGUAUAUUCAUGGUUUGUUUUGAAUAAUAAACAGUUGUUUCUCUUUAAUUAAAAAAGUAUCUUGUUUUGA